CGCAGUGGCAGGAGUCCUUGGUUGGUCGGCUUCCUGUAGGUUACUGUCAGCCUUUAGGGACGGUGAUAAAAUGCAGAGCUGGACGCAGCUUUACCGCUCCGUGGCUUCGCGGAGCCACCAUCUCCCCUGCAAGCUGCACAGAGCUGCAGCUGUGUCUGUGAGGACCUACGCCAACAAAGCAGAAAUUGAUGCAGACGUCACAGUGGUGGGUUCUGGUCCAGGCGGGUAUGUAGCUGCCAUCAAAGCUGCACAGCUUGGCUUUAAGACAGUCUGUGUUGAGAAAAAUGAAACACUCGGUGGGACAUGUCUAAAUGUUGGCUGCAUCCCCUCAAAGGCUCUGCUCAACAAUUCUUACUUGUACCACAUGGCACACGGCAAGGACUUUGAAAGCAGAGGCAUCGAAAUUUCAGGAAUCUCACUGAACCUGGAGAAGAUGAUGGCUCAGAAAAGUGGGGCAGUCAAAGCUCUCACCGGAGGAAUUGCACAUCUGUUCAAACAAAACAAAGUAACUCACGUGAACGGUUUUGGAAGAUUAACCGGUAAGAACCAGGUGACUGCCACAGCAGCUGAUGGCUCCGAGCAGGUCAUCAACACCAAGAACAUCCUUCUUGCCACUGGCUCUGAGGUCACCCCCUUCCCCGGCAUCCAGAUCGACGAGGAGAGCAUCGUUUCGUCCACAGGAGCUCUGAGUCUGAAGAAAGUCCCCGAGGAGCUGAUUGUGAUUGGAGCCGGAGUCAUCGGAGUGGAGCUGGGGUCAGUGUGGCAUCGGCUGGGCUCGAAGGUCACAGCUGUGGAGUUCCUGGGCCAUGUGGGUGGCAUGGGCAUCGACAUGGAGAUCUCCAAGAACUUCCAGCGCAUCCUGCAGAAGCAGGGCCUCAAGUUUAAGCUCAGCACCAAAGUUCUGGGAGCCAUCAAGAGGCCUGAUGGAAAGAUUGACGUGGCAGUGGAGGCUGCAGCUGGAGGGAAGAACGAGACCCUGACCUGUGACGUGCUGCUGGUCUGCAUCGGCAGGCGGCCGUAUACUGAGAACCUGGGUCUGGAAACUGUGGGGAUCGAGCUGGACAACAGGGGUCGUAUACCUGUCAACAACCGCUUCCAGACCAAAGUACCCAGUAUUUAUGCCAUCGGUGACGUGGUCGCAGGCCCAAUGUUGGCCCACAAGGCUGAAGACGAGGGGAUCAUCUGUGUCGAGGGCAUGGCCGGUGGCGCCGUUCACAUUGACUACAACUGUGUUCCCUCCGUCAUCUACACACACCCCGAGGUGGCCUGGGUGGGCAAGACAGAGGAGCAGCUGAAAGAGGAGGGUGUCCCGUACAAAGUUGGCAAGUUUCCCUUUGCAGCAAACAGCAGAGCCAAGACCAACGCUGACACCGACGGCCUGGUGAAGAUCCUCAGCCACAAAGAGACCGACAGGAUGCUGGGAGCCCACAUCCUGGGAACCGGGGCAGGAGAGAUGAUUAAUGAAGCUGCACUGGCCAUGGAGUACGGAGCCUCCUGUGAGGAUGUGGCCCGGGUCUGCCAUGCCCAUCCUACGGUGUCAGAAGCUUUUCGAGAAGCCAACCUGGCUGCUUCCUUUGGCAAAGCCAUCAACUUCUAACCUGCCAGCUGCUGCAACACCUUCAGUCGUCAGCACAGCGUGUCCGACUCGAAACUUCCCCAGCUUCAGCCGGCUGGGACCCUGUGUACAUCUAAACUACCACCAUCACAUUCAUGUUAUUUAAAUGUUCUCAACAAAACAAUAAAAGCCAUUUGAAUGACAAAGACA